UGAGCCAAAGUUAAAUUGUUGUCGGUAAAUUAAUGUAAGUCGUGGGAAAGAAUAACUUUUAACAUGGAGCAAUUUCGGUGUGCUGGGCUGUGGUGCAGCGCGUUUUACCUCAUGUCUAUGAUCGUCCUAAACCGCAGCGGAGUUGAUGCUGUGUUUCCUGAAUUCAAGCUCUCCAAGCUGUGUAAGUUUUGUGACGUUCAGCUCUCCACCUGCAAUGGCACAGGCUCUUGUGUGUCCAAUUGUACCAUCACAGCGAUUUGCCAGAGUGCUGAAGAAAUUUGUGUGGCAGUGUGGAGGAAGAGUGAUGGUAACAACACUAUUGAAACACUGUGUCACGACCCAUUGCUGCCUAUCCACGGCAUUAUGCUGGACGACUACAACAGUACAACUUGCACAAUGAAGGAGAAGAAGACCGCAGAGGGCCCCCUCUAUAUCUGCUCCUGUUCCAAUGAAGAAUGCAACGACAACCUAGUCUUCUCUCAGAGUGAGGCAGGUGUAGGGCCUGGUGUCAUAGAAACCCAGGUUGUUUCGGUGAUCCUGGUGAGUCUGCUUCCGCUGCUGGUGUUGGCGUUACUUGUCAUCGCUUCGUUUUACUGGUACCGUGUGUACCACCGUCGCAAACUCAACGAAUGGGAGACCACGAAGCCUCCCAAACGUAAAGGACCUCUGGACUGCAGCGACGCCUGUGCCAUCAUGAUCGACGACGACCACUCGGACAGCAGCUCCACACAUGCCAACAACCUAAACCACAACACUGAACCACUUCCCAUCGAGCUGGACCUGCAGGUGGGAAAAGGACGCUUUGCUGAAGUUUACAAAGCCAAGCUAAAACAAAGUCAGUCAGAGCAAUUUGAGACGGUAGCUGUCAAGAUCUUCCCCGACGAGGAAUACGCCUCCUGGAAGAAUGAGAAGGACAUCUUCUCUGACAUCGAUUUGAAACAUGAGAACAUUCUGCAUUUUCUUACUGCAGAGGAGAGGAAAGUGGAGAAGCAGUACUGGCUAAUCACUGCUUACCACCCUCGUGGAAACUUGCAGGAGUACCUCACCCGUCAUGUCAUAAGCUGGGAGGAUCUCCGUCUGCUGGGAGGCUCGCUGGCACGUGGCGUGGCUCACCUCCACAGUGACCACACCCCUUGUGGACGGCCCAAAGUGCCUAUUGUGCACAGAGACCUGAAAAGCUCAAACAUCUUGGUAAAAAAUGACCUCACGUGCUGCCUUUGUGACUUUGGCCUGGGUCUACGUCUAGACAACUCCCUGUCCAUAGAUGAUCUGGCCAACAGUGGACAGGUGGGAACGGCCAGGUACAUGGCCCCAGAAGUACUGGAAUCCCGGAUAAACCUGGAGAAUAUUGAGUCCUUCAAGCAAACAGAUGUCUACUCCAUGGCCUUGGUGCUGUGGGAGAUCACCUCUAGGUGUAAUGCAAUUGGAGAGGUGAAAGACUACGAGCCCCCAUUUGGAUCAAAAGUGCGAGAGCACCCCUGUGUGGAAAGUAUGAAGGACAAUGUGCUGAGGGACCGAGGUCGUCCAGAGAUCCCUGCCAGCUGGUUGAACCACCAGGGCGUAGCAGCCGUGUGCGCUACUAUUAACGAAUGCUGGGACCAUGAUCCUGAAGCCCGACUCACCGCGCAGUGCGUUGCCGAACGCUUCAGUGAGAUGGAGGACGAGCAAGACAAGCUGUCUACCCGCAGCAGUUCCGAAGAGAAGAUUCCAGAAGAUUGCUCUGUGAGCGUCAGUGAUGGAAAAUGAGAACCUAUACAUAUGUAUCAUCCCCCUAUUCUCAUUCAGUCUCUCCCUCUGUCACUGAUGGGUGGCACACAGGGUUGUCCUGUGGUCCCAUGAUGUGAUAACCAGCCAAGACCCCCCGACACAAACUGGAAGAUGUGUAUACAUUCUGUAUGUUGCCAUGACAUGUGUAUGCGUGUGUAUGUUGGAGGUCUUAUAGCUGGGGGGUGGGGGGGGUGUAGGAAAUGGGAUGCAGCAGUUUUUAUAAGUUUUUCAUAACCAAAGACAUAAUGCACUUUAUCAGAUUAACUAUGCAUAUCAGAUAAUGUAACAUGUUGGGCAGUGUGUCAGUGACCUUCUGUCCCUUCACAUACCAGGAGCCAAAUGUAAGCAUGGACAGUUUUUCUAAGACUAAUUAACCUCUCUGUGGGCCCCCUCACAAACAGGUUUCCAUAGGAAAUGGACACGUGUAUAUGUACAGAAUAGCCGACACACAGAGAUCAUACUUAAGAAAGAAAAGUAUGUGUGUGAAAGUGUGUGUGUG